GAACAAGAUAACGAAGAACAGUCUAGACUCUGGAUAAAUACUUUCACUCAUAUCCUCUCUCUUAAAAUAAGCUUCUCUAAAGAAGUAAGAGAGAGAGAGAGAAAGAAAAAAAAAUGACGGACGGAAUAUUCUGGUAUCCAUUUCGGAGAUUCCAUGAAUGGUCAGGAAGAUCAACGGCUCUGAUUGAUUGGAUGGAAUCUCCAAACGCACAUAUCUUCAAAAUCAACGUUCCAGGUUAUAACAAAGAGGAUAUAAAAGUUACAAUUGAAGAAGGAAACGUUUUGAGCAUAAGAGGAGAAAGAUUGAAGGAGGAAGAGAAGGAAAAGAAAGAGAAUUUGGUGUGGCACGUGGCGGAGAGAGAAGCUUUCUCCGGUAAAGGCGAGUUUCUCCGGCGGAUUGAGUUGCCGGAAAAUGUGAGAGUUGACCAAGUCAAAGCCCACGCUGAGAACGGUCUCCUCACGGUGGUUGUUCCCAAGGACAUGUCACCCAAAUCCUCCAAAACCAGGAAUAUCAACAUCACUAGCAAGCUCUGAAGAUUAAACCGGACUUAACCGCUUUUUUGGUUUUCAUAAUCCUACUUUUUGAAUAAAAUUGGAAUGUGUGUACUUGAUGAAUCAAACAAGUAAGGUUACGAAAAUGUAGUAUUUCAAGAUAGUGUAAAAAAUGUGUAAUCUGGUUUUUAACCCGGUUUUUGAAGAAUAAGAAACCAAAAA